AUGAAGGUGAUCCUUCUGACUGCCGCUCUUCUUGCUUUGGUCUCUAUUCCCUGGUUGCAGGCAGUGUGGCUGGGAAGGCUGGACCCUAAGCAGCUCCUCGGGCCCUGGUAUGUCCUGGCUGUGGCCUCCCGUGCAAAGGACUUCAUGGUGGAGAAGGACAUGAAGAAUGUGGAAGGUGUCGUGGUGACUCUUACUCCAGAUAACAAAUUGAGAGUUGAAUCCUCUCGGCAUGGGCCAGGCGGAUGUCAUCAGAGCACCGUGGAGCUGCUGAAGCAAGAGUCCCGAUGGGUGUUUGAGAAUCCCUCUCUGGGGAUAUUGGAUUAUCGGGUACUGGGCACUAACUUCAAAGACUACGCUGUCGUCUUCACACAGCUGGAAUUUGGGGAUGAGGUCUUCAACACAGUGUCGCUGUACAGUCGGACAGAGAUGGCUAGCCACGAAGCCAUGCAGCUAUUCACCAAAUGGAGCCAGGGGCUGGGCUUCUUGUCUCAACAGCAGGCUCAGCUGCAGAAGGACCUUUCCUCAAAAGAGGCUUGUGGGUGGGAUCCUGGGAGCUGCUACAGCCCUAUUCUCACAACUGGCUUGCUUCUUCUACAGUCACUUGUGCACACAAGAUCCUCCAGUGAGUGCCACACCUUGGAUAUAGCACCACAGCAUCCUGGCAUCCUGGUGGAGGUGGGCAGGCACUGUCUUUGCACAGUGGCUGGUGGAACUGGUUAGCUGUUCUCCUAGGCUCUUGCUUGGGUUCAAAAUAAAAUGAUUUCACAAGUAAA